AUGUCCAAGCCAACCGUCAACUCUCACCCCUAUCCAUUCUCUUUUAAUCCAACCCCCAUCAUCAAUCCCCACAGCAACAGCAACAGGGCUACGGAUCUCACAGUCCCAAUCCCCAAUGUUCGUGGCCGGAUUCCUUCUUUUCAGGCAUCUCGCCUCCGGUCAAUGAUCAAUGAGGCGCACGCCGAUCCAUCUAAAAUUGUUGCUCAAGUAUGCAGCUACGACGGUUUGAGUUCUCGACUCGUGGAAGAAGCCGGAUUUCCCGUCGUCUUCCUUGGCGGGUUCGCAAUGGCAUCAUCCUAUGGACUGCCUGAUACUGGAUAUAUCGCUUUUCAAGAAGCAGUUGGGAAAAUACAGGAGGUCGUGAGACAGGUCAGUGUGCCUGUGCUUGUGGAUGGUGAUACUGGAUAUGGAAGCCCGAUGAAUGUUCGAAGGACGGUUGAAGGGUUCGCAUUAGCUGGAGCGGCAGGCGUAAUGAUAGAGGACCAAACGUGGCCAAAGCGUUGUAGCCAUACCAAGGGCAAGUCCGUCGUCUCCCGCGACGAAGCAUACGCCCGCAUCCAAGCCGCAGUUGACGCACGCAACUCAGGGCUGGACAUCUUUGUCCUAGCUCGAACCGAUAGUUUCAUACACGGCUACGAUGAAGCGCUUGCCAGAGCGCGUAAAUUCAAAGAGAUCGGUGCAGAUUGCAUUUUUCUGGAAGCCCCCCCAGACCGCGCCAGCAUGCAAAGAUUCCUCCAGGAACUGGAGUUUCCUUGUUUCGCUAAUAUUAUUGAAGGGGGAAAGACCGAGAAUCUAUCUGCUAAGGAGCUGGGAGAGUUGGGAUACGCUGCUGUCACGUAUCCAUGGACUCUGGUUGCAGCGAAGCUGAGGAGCAUCAGAGAAACGUUGGAAAACUUGAAGGCAUCCUUUUUGGUUGGGAAACCAGAGCAAAUAUUGUCGUAUGGCGAAGUUUGUGAGGGGCUUGGUUUCGAUAAGUACCAUGAGAUGGAAGAAAAGUACCAAUAUGAGGGCUCUACCACUGGCAGCCGAGGAUAUCAGUGGGAUAGGUAA